CUCACUUGGUUUCAUCUGCCAGCUGUUCUAUUCUCCUUCCUUUCGACUUCAUAUAUCCCUUUUACCUUCUCUGUCUUUCGCUUGCUCGAUAAAUCUAUGCAGAUCAGCCCAAGUCUUCCGGCUGAGCACCUCCACCUAGUUCAGGCCAGACGCGGCAGCUUCAGAUGCCAACAAUCUCCGUUAAAUCCUUUAACGAAACCCAGUUCGGCGUCGACUACAACUCAAUCUUUGAAGCCGGUUACUUCAACUGAGUCAACUAAGAAACACCUCGCCAAUCUUGAAAAACUUCUUCAAAAGAAGACUAUUCCGGAGUCCAACCUACCGGAACCUGUACAACCGGUUCAUAAAGUUUCCAAUGAGAAUAAUAAUAAUAACAAUAAUAGAUCCACAUUGGCAAACAAAGGUAAAGCUUUACUUGAAGGCCUCAACUUGGCUAGGAUGUGGCCUGAAAUACGAGCUGCUGAGGAAAUGUCGCCCAGACACCUAAAUAGGCUUCAGCGCUUGUUGUCCAAAACUGCGGAGUAUUCUCCCAGGAAUAAUCUCGGUUCCCGGUGGAGAGAGUAUCAUGGAAGUAACGAUUGGGCCGGGCUUCUUGACCCGCUGGAUGAGAACCUCCGGCGAGAGGUGGUGAGGUAUGGAGAAUUCGUGCAAGCUGCCUAUCAUGCUUUCCAUUCGAACCCCGCAAUGUCAACAGAGGAAGCUCCGUUGCCCAGACACGUGGCUUUGACCGACAGGUCAUAUAAGGUGACGAAGAGCCUCUACGCUACAUGCUCCGUGGGGUUGCCCAAAUGGGUAGAUGAUAUUGCACCGGAUCUCGGUUGGAUGACCCAGCGAUCCAGUUGGGUCGGAUACGUGGCGGUAUGUGAUGACAAAAGAGAGAUCCAGAGGAUGGGAAGGAGGGAUAUAGUGAUCGCAUUACGUGGUACAGCCACGUGUCUUGAAUGGGCUGAGAACAUGAGAGCCCAUUUAGUGGAUAUGCCCGGGAACUAUGACGGACAACCCAAGGUGGAAUGUGGGUUCUUGAGCCUGUACAAAACCAGUGGAGCUCAUGUGCCCAGCCUAGCCGAAUCAGUGGUUGAAGAGGUAAAAAGGCUCAUGGAACAAUACAAGGGUGAGACCCUAAGCAUCACAGUCACAGGCCACAGCCUAGGGGCAGCCUUGGCCCUAUUAGUUGCAGAUGAUAUAAGUACUAUACAAGCCUCUGAAAUGCCACCAGUUGCAGUUUUUUCCUUCGGUGGACCUAAAGUUGGUAACAGAGGAUUUGCAAACCAAAUUAAUGUCAAAAAUGUAAAGGUCUUGCGCAUUGUGAAUGAUCAAGAUGUUAUCACCAAGGUUCCUGGCUUGCCCGUGGUUGAACAACUAAAUGAUAACAUGCCAAUGGCCUACUCGCACGUAGGAACUGAGCUUCGUGUGGAUACCAAGAUGUCGCCCUAUCUAAAACCAAAUGCUGACGUGGCAUGCUGCCAUGAUUUGGAGGCUUAUCUCCAUUUGGUAGAUGGGUUCUUGGCUUCAAAUUGUCCAUUUAGAGCAAACGCAAAGAGAAGUUUAGUGAAGUUGCUUAAUGAUCAGGAGUCUAAUGUCAAGAAAUUGUAUACAAGCAAAGCUCAUGCUUUGAGCUUGAAUCUUGAUAGGAGGGGAUUCUCCACUUCUGGUUGUUUGCCUAGUCCAUCUCAAUAAAAUUUUCUUCUUCUUACAAAAUAA